CGGGCAUGACGUGGCGGUGCGACUACUGCGGGGAGGCGGCGGCGGCGCUGCACUGCAAGGCGGACGACGCGAGGCUGUGCGUCGCCUGCGACCGCCACGUGCACGGGGCCAACGCGCUCUCGCGGCGGCACGUGCGGGCGGCGCUCUGCGCCGGGUGCGACGCGCGCCCCGCGGCGGUGCGUGUCCAUGCCGGCGCUGGAGGAGGAGGAGGCGGCGGCGGCGGGGAGGCAAGGUUCCUCUGCGCAGGGUGCGUCGACGGCGGCGACGGCUGCGCGUCCGGUGCGGAAACAGGGGUGCCCGUGGAGGGGUUCUCCGGGUGCCCGGCGGCCGCCGAGCUCGCCGCGUCGUGGGGGCUCGACCUCCCCGGCGGUGGCGGCCGCGGCGGGAGGGCCGAGACGGACUACGACGUCGAGGAUCCCUUCUUCUCUGAGGCCGACUACACAACGCUGGCGGCGGACCACGUGCUGCGGGACCUAUACGUGCCCUGCGACCCACCGGAGGUCGCUGCCGGCGGACGGCCGCUCAAAGGGGACUCGCUCUGCCACCAGCUCUCGGAGAUGGCACGGCGCGAGGUAGAGUCCGCGCCACCGCGGCCGGCGCAGGCGCACUCGAGGUCGACCUCUCCACCCGCUCGCCGGAGCUCUGCCGUUCCAAGCAGCCACUUACCACAGAACGCCGCGGUGGCGGCGCCGCCGCAAAGGGCCACAUUGCCAUACAUGUCCAUGCCGGUGAUGAAUCCGGCGGCCUGCGCCGAUCUCGGCAACGGCGAACACUUCACCGACGACAACGAACUCGUCUGGCAGCGCACCGCGCCCUCCGAUCCGCCCUGUCAGAUAUGGGAUUUUAAUCUGGGAAAAUCAAGGGACCAUGAUGAGCAUUCUGCACUUGAAAUUCAAUUUGGCUCGAAAGACGGAGGCUUUACGAUCAAAAGUUAUAAUGACAUGAUUGAGGAAGUUUCCUCGAGCUCAAGAAAAGCUCUUGAAUAUAUUUAUGACUCGACAUACUCUUAUGCUGCUGAAGAUGUUGUGUCGGCCAAUAUCUACCAGCUGACUCCCAAACAGCUGAGCACUGACACCUCCAGCAACAAGCGACAGAAGAACGACGCACACGCCGUGGCAACUGAUGGACCUCUGAGCUCUUCUCCUGAAGCUGCUGCAGCUCUUGCCAGGGAAAACCCUUCCAGCGAUCAAGCUGCAGCUGGCGCUGAGAGGCCUUCACUGAAGACGACGGACAGCCAGACGAUCGCCAUGAACAGGGACAACGCGAUGCAACGGUACAGGGAGAAGAAGAAGUCUCGCAGGUACGAGAAGCACAUCCGGUACGAGUCGAGGAAGAUGAGGGCCGACACGAGGGCGCGGGUGAAGGGGCGCUUCGUCAAGUCCACCGACAUCCUCGUCGGCGACGGUGGCGGCGACGGCGGUUGAAUUGCCUGAAUGUCCGUGCAGCAACUGCGUGCAAUACACAGCUCAGCUUCAGUGGCGGCGAGGUGAUGGCUGGGAGAUGCAGCGUCUCAGGCUGCAGUCAGGGCUUGGAUCACUUGUGAUUGUGAAUAGCUGAAACUGAAGCCUAUGUACUCCCUCUGUCUCGAAAUGCAAUCAUUUUCGGAAUUGUAAUCCUCUGGCAUAAUAUAAGUAUUUUUUAGCAAUAUUUAUAUUAUUAUUUAUUUCAUUAAUCACUUCUCAUUUAAACUUUUUCUAUUUUAUCCUU